CGGGAAAAGUAGACCGACGACAGAACUGAAAACACGGGAUAAAACCGGGUUAAAACCGUGUGAGUGGAAAAGACGACUACUAACCGUCCAGGAAAAAGGAUCAUGUCUGAGCUGCAGCUCAUCAGUGUCCACAUACAUGAGCGGCUGACGUCCAUUCACCGUCUGAUGGAUCUGUCUGCAGCCCAAUUACCUCGUCUGAAGAUGAAGAAACUGGGACAAGAACUGUUGACAGUGGACAGUCUGCUGGAGCAACUAGAAACAUGUGUGAAUGAACAGAAGAUUCAACUGCAGCAGCUGAAGAAACUGGAGGAAUCUUUUCAAACAGAUUUGGUGGAAGUUCAACAUCUGCAGAACCAUAUUCCUGCUCAUCUGCCCAAAAAGAAACACCUGGAAAAUAGUACUGAAGCUGUUCUGCAGCUGAAUCCAACUCCUGCUCCUGAAGCUGAACCACAGAAGAACAGUAGAGCAGUCAGACACAUGGAGUUCAUCAGCACAGCAGAGUUCAACCUGAUCCCACAGUACAUGAGAGGUCGUGUGUCCUAUGAACAAGUCAAUGCCGUCGUGCGCUGCUUUAAUUCAGCCGUUUCAGCCAAAUACAGGAUCAUCCACCAGUCUGUGAAGAGUCUGAACAACCAGAGCAGAAGACUGCAACAGAGGUUCAAAGAGCAGGAGAACAAGGACACCACAGGUCAGUAUUUCGUGGUGGACCAGGACAUCCAUGACUUUACUCAGAUGAAGGUGGAUAAGCGUUUCCUGUCUGUGGUGCACAUGCUCAGACACUGUCGACGUCUGCGGGAGCUACGAGGAGGAGGAGUCACCCGCUAUGUGGUGUCAUGAACCAGGUCCACCUGGGAUCAGAACCACACAGAGGACCAGAUCAGAACCACAUCAAUAUUAGAAUAAAGUCAUGAAGGGUUCAGUCCUACUGAUAUGUCCAAGUUUAAGACUCAAACACAGUGACUGGUCUGGAGGCUCAACAGUUCAGUUCUAUACUAAUGUGUGCAUAUAUGUACCCUACUUUCCAGACUGUAAGUCUCACCUGACUGUAAGCUGCAGGUGUCCACGUUGUGACAUGACAUAUUUCCACAGACAGAUAGUAAACAGAGAUGAUUUAAAUAUUUAUUUCCAUCCCUUCAGUGUUUUUUUUGUCUGUAC